GAAUGAUGUAGGUCAGUUGGGCUUAUCGUCGUUCAAAGAUCACAUCAUAACUUGAGGCACACCACAUAAAGCCAGCAGGCCUGUUUACACUAAGUUAAGAAGGCAUUGUUCCGAGCUUGUGUGUUGGGAACACACCGACAACAAAAGUCCCUGAGAGUGAUUGUACAAAUAAGUGACUAGUGUUCGUCGUAGUUUUCUGGCUCCAUGCUGUGGCAGCGUAAGUCCAUCUCACAGACCACCAAGACAAUCUCAACUAAACGUGGAAUUAACACCAUUCGGCGCCGCAGAGCCUGUUCAGAUACACGCAUUCUCUGAUCCAGUAACAGUGCAGGAUGCUGUCUGGAGGCGUUGUGAAUCUGCUGGUGGGCGUUCUGGUUGUGACGUCAUUAUCAACGGGGGCAUUGGCCAAUAAGCAUCUUCAAACUGAUAAAGUAACCCUACGUAGUCACCACCAUCAUCAUAAUCACCGUCACCAUGGAAACACUGUCGCAGACGAUAGUCACGAGAAAGAUGUGUUUUCCGAAGAGCAAGACACCGAUAUUCAAACAAGCCAGCGGCAUGAGAACGAGGAUGAUGAAGAGGUAUUCUACGAUGAUUAUUCUUCAAGGCGGGAGCUAUUUCAGUUGACUGACCGGGACGGAGAUGGUUUCGUGACCCGGGAUGAAUACGUGCUUCAGAAUGGUAACAUCUCGGCUGUAGUGGAUCAGGUCUUUAUGGCUUAUGAUGGAGACGGUGAUGGGCGGUUCUCGGAGGAGGAAUUUCUCCAGCAGAGCUCACCGUUGGAAGUUCAUGCCGAGUGUGAGGAACAAAUUAUACAAACUUGUGACAAACUGUAUCUGGAAUUUAAGAGCACGGAGUUCAUAUCGAACACACUUAGCAGACCAGCCUGCAAUGCCGUACAGUACUUAGUAGACUGUGUGGCAGGAUUUGAUACAGAUUGUGACAUCACUAGUUAUGCACAGGCAAUCGCUUCCAGGGCUGAGGCAUAUUUGGAUUCAGGCGCAUGCCCCCUCUUGGAUCUUCACAAUCUACUUCAGAUAACUGGACCAGAUGGAAGUGAAAAGAAAGCACGGUAUGCCAGAUCUGUCGAUAACGACGUUGAAAUAACGACUGCUUCGGACAAAGAGUUGUUCGGCAAACACUGUCCUGACGAUUUCAUCAACCAUUGCGCCAAGAAGUUUGAACAAAAUCUCAACAAAGAUUCGCAGACGAUGUACUGUCCAAUACUCGCGAGCUACGCCCAUUGCCUCAAGAAACGCUCACGACACUGUUCUGCAGAUGUAAACAGCCCCCUCUUGCGAAAUAAUAUGGCCAGGCUGAGAACCUUGGAAAGCAGAGCAAAGUCUUGUCACAAGACCUACCGAUCUUUUAAGAAGUGGUAGAUUUUCCGUCUUUGCAUUCCUAUUUGUAUUGUUAACGAUGCUAUGGCAGAUUUUAGGCCCCAAACAUUAAAUAAAAUAUUUCUUUGAGUGAAUGGUAUUUCAAAGAGUUUCACCCGCUCUAACGGAAAA